AAGAUUAUAAAUGCAGCCAUGGCGGAAAAGUUUGUCGUCUGAUCGAGAUUAUAACGGUCCUCUAAAGCACACAGCUUCUUCUCCAUUAAGUGCAAUCUGUCGCCUGAUUUUUUGGGGGUUUUUUGGUCUUUUUUCUUAUUACCAAGAUGAACAGAAUUAUCCUCCAGCUUAUCGCAGUCGGAAUCUGCUUUGCAAUCGGUCAAGCUCUUCAGUGCUACAAAUGCGACAUCGGCAUAGGGGACAUCUGCUUAACUUCUAAAACCACAUGUGGCAGCGGGGAACACUGCUUCAAUGGUGUCGGGAAAGCAGCCGGCUUUUUGGAUAUCAAGAUGAAGGGCUGUCUAAAAGAGGCUGAAUGCAACAAGACCGAACAGGUGAACUUCCCCUCCAGCGGAAACACCACCGUCUACGCCAUGACCAAGACGUGCUGCGACACCGACCUGUGCAACGCCGCCCCUGGCCUGCCUGGGACCCCCGGCCUGAGCCUGGCCUUCGCGGCCAUCUCUGCUGUGCUCAUGGCCAACUUUGUGGUUUACUAGAAACGGAUGAUGAAUGACCCACAGUGCAUAAACACACAUAAAACACACACUCUACACAUUUUACACACACAAGCGCUGCAAGGAUUACAUUAAAUACUCUCCUCAGACACGAGCUGUGCAGUUUUGUAACCUCACAGCUUUUUUUGUUGGGUUUUUUUUUUUUUCAAAAACUUCAAUCUGUCUUUGAAGUGUAUUGUAUCAUUGGUUUUACACAAGUGUUUGUAUCAGUUAAAACUUAGUUCCCUCUUGUGUUUUUGUAUUUUUUUUUUUUACACACACCAGCCCUCAUUUCAGUGUAAAAGGUAAUGCUGACAGAUGAAUUAACAAUGAGUGUCUAACACUAGCAUUCAGAUGAUGUCAGCGCAGCUCUUUGGGCGUCAGUAGCUGAAUCACAUGUUUGGUAUUUUCAUGUUGUAGGCUAGCUGAAGUCGUUACACCAAAAAGGAAUAGUUUGGCAAUUUGGACAAUGUCGCCAACAGUUAGAUUGGAAGAUUGUUACCAUCCACAAAUUUGUACAUUACAGAUAAAGUUGCAGCCAGUUAGCUUAACAUUCAUAUUGAAAACAAGGGGAUACAGUCAGCCUGGCUCUGCAGAAAGGUGGGAAAAAAGCACAUUUAAAGCUCAUCAGUAACAUGUUAUUGGUUCUAUCUCAAUGUAAGGACAAUAAGUUGUGUUUUUCAGAAAUGCAUAACUUCAUGUUGGAGCUUUAAGAUGGAGCCAGGCUACAUAUUUCUUUUUGUUUUCAUAAGCUAACCCCCAGAUUGUCAAACUAUUCUUUUAAUUUAUUUGCUUUGAUCCACUGCACUAUCAUGUUAGAGUCCUAAUACUCAAAAACCUGUAUAGUUAUUAAAGCUUUCUGCAAACAUUUCUGCUUCCAUCCAUUUCACGAUGCAACAUGUGUUCACUUUGUUUGGAUGAAGCUAAUGUAAUGUACAUUUUUCCUCAAGGUUGUGUCUGUAAAAGCAUUUCUUUUUGUUUUUUCACCAUUUCACAGCCAGCUACAUCAUUUCUGCAUUUUUUUUCAUAUUGAUGUUAAAUCUACUGUCUGUAUUACUCAUAAGCUGUGGGCUGAAAGCUUUUGUUUAUCUUGCUAUUUUUGAAUAGAACGUGUGCAUCUGUACAUCAUAUACGGGGUUAACCAGAUUAAGUAGAUUGCACUGUAACUGAGAUUGCAGCGAUUUGAAAUAUAUCAGUGCUGAUCUUUAAAUAUUCUCUAUUUGAACACAUAGACGAAUCACUGUUUAAACUGGCACUUAUGUCAUUAUUUAAAACAAAAACAACAACAACAAAAAACAAACAGCCUAUCUGAAUAUUUUUGUGAAAUUUGGUUGUGCAGAAAAUUUGAAGGAUGACAAAAUAAAUUUCAAACUGUGGGGGAAAAAAACAAA